AUGGGUGCCUACAGGAUCGAGUAUUCUUCGAAUAACCGAGCCCAGUGCAAUGGAAAAAAGCCUUGCAAAGGUAAUCUAAAAUGCGCUCGAUUAUCUUUACCAUAUCCAACUCCUGCUAAGAAUCAUCCACUUUACUCUCAUGCAGGAACGAAGAUUACUAAAGGAGAGAUCAGAGUAGGCGUGUGGGUGGUUUUUAAAGAGGCUGGGUCAUUUAAAUGGAGGCAUUGGGGCUGUUGCACCGAAGCCAUGUUUGGAAAUUUGUCAACAGAAUUGGAUGGUAAAAUAGAAGAGUUGGACGGAUUUGAAGACAUGAAACCUGAGGACCAAACUAAGAUCAAGAAAGCUUUUGAAGUUGGGCACGUUGAUCCUGCGGAUAUUCCAGCUUCGGCCAUUGCAGCUGAAAAAGAAGGAGAAGAAAACAAAGAAGAGGACCCCAAGCCUAAAAAGCGAAAGAAGGCAGCAGCAAAAAAAGGCCCUGCCGAUAGCGAGACUGCUGACGUCCAAGACGAUGUGGCAGGAGAAGAAGAAGAUCUCCCAAAACCAAAGAAGAAGAGGGCGCCCGCAAAUAUGAUUUGCUCAACGUCUGCUUUUGUGCUCAACAGAAAAGUUGCAAAAGUCGACGAUGAGAAUGUCGAAGACGCCGACAAAGAUGCUGCGCCCAAAAAAAAACGGGUUUAUAACAGGAAGAAGAAAGUAGAGGAAACUACCGUUGCAUCUGGAUCUGAUUGA